GUCGGCCCGGGCUGUGCGGCUGAGCUAACCGUUUCUUUGGAGAAGAAAAGCCUUAUAAUGGCAGGCAAAGGAAGUAAUACAGACUGCAUGUCAUGCAGUGUUCUGAACUGGGAGCAGGUCAGCCGCUUGCAUGAGACUCUUACAGAGGUGGUUCCAAUCCAUGGACGAGGUAACUUCCCAACACUGAAGAUAACUCUGAAGGACAUUGUUCAGACUGUUCGAAGUAGGCUGGGUGAGGCAGGCAUUGUGGUACACGAUGUCCGUUUGAAUGGCUCUGCAGCUGGUCAUGUCCUGGUCAAGGAUAAUGGGCUGGGAUGCAAGGACCUGGAUCUCAUUUUUCAAGUUUCUCUUCCAACUGAGGCAGAGUUUCAGUUAGUUCGAGAUGUGGUGUUGCGAUCUCUCUUGAAUUUCUUACCAGAAGGAGUAAGCAAGCUAAAAAUCAGUCCAGUGACACUGAAGGAAGCGUACAUCCAGAAGCUAGUGAAAGUGUGCACAGAGUCUGACCGCUGGAGCUUGAUAUCACUUUCUAACAAGCAUGGUAGAAAUGUGGAACUGAAGUUUGUAGACUGUAUAAGAAGGCAGUUUGAGUUCAGUGUGGACUCCUUCCAGAUAAUACUAGAUUCCCUGCUGUUCUACUAUGACUGCUCAGAAAACCCCAUGUCAGAGCAUUUCCAUCCAACUGUUAUUGGGGAGAGUAUGUAUGGAGACUUUGAAGCAGCUUUUGAUCACCUCCGGAACAAGCUGAUAGCUACCAAAAAUCCUGAAGAGAUCAGAGGUGGUGGGCUUCUAAAGUAUAGUAAUCUCUUGGUACGAGACUUCAGGCCCAUGGAUAAAGAUGAGAUCAAAACAUUAGAGCGCUACAUGUGCUCCCGGUUCUUCAUUGACUUCCCAGAUAUUCUGGAUCAGCAACGCAAGCUAGAGACCUACCUCCAGAACCACUUCUCCAAAGAAGAGAGGAGCAAAUAUGACUACCUCAUGAUUCUGCGCAGGGUGGUGAAUGAGAGCACAGUGUGUCUCAUGGGACAUGAGCGAAGGCAGACUCUCAACUUGAUUUCUCUGCUGGCACUCAAAGUACUGGCAGAACAAAACAUCAUCCCCAAUGCUACUAAUGUCACCUGCUAUUACCAGCCAGCACCUUAUGUUAGUGAUGUAAACUUCAGCAACUACUAUCUUGCAAAUGUUCCUGUUCCAUAUAGCCAGUCCUACCCUACUUGGUUGCCUUGCAACUGAGCAUCUCCUUUUCCAGUUCUUGAAUGGAAGUUACUAGAAGUAAAGAUGAUGAAUGUACAUAGACAAAUAAUAACUGCUAGUGGGGGGGUGUUCUAAUGGAAAUAUAGAAGUUGCUUUGGACUGAAUUUCCUGGUAUGUAGUAGGACUAUGCAACCAGGUAACCUGGUAAGAGCCUUUCAGUAUGCUUCUGCAAAUGCCAAGAAACCUUCUUGCCUCUUCAUUGAGAAAAGAGAACCAGCAGUUGAAUGUUAGAGGAGCAGUUAUAAAACUUGGUACUGAUCCUGGAAACAGCUAUAAAAUGAUCAGCACGUGAACGAUGUUAGUUAACAGGAGAUAAAUUAAAAUGCCUUGUGCAGAAAAGAUGACUAUCUUGGAAUAGUUAAAAUAAAAAACCUCUGCUCUGUUACUCAAUCUCUAUUUUUAUAACUUC